ACUGCUCUUGCUAAUGCUAAUUGCUAUGCCUGUCUGCGCUCGUCAAAUCUAGCGGCACCGAAGCUGAGGGUUGGUGAUGCUGAGGCAAAACCGAAGCAGCAUGGACAUGAUGAUUCCUGGGAAGAUCCGAAAACGAGGCUGUUCCUCGUCCGCAUCGUCAUCGUCCUCCGUGCUUCACAACUAUAGGUUCAAAAGGGCUAUUCUCGUGGGUAAGAGGGGCGGAUCCACUACGCCCGUUCCCACAUGGAGACUCAUGAGCUCGAGAUCUCCGCUCCGAACACUCGACUCUCCCAAGUACCCGCCGUCGCAGUCGGGGACCAAGCCCCGCCAAGUUCCCGUGUCGGCGAGGAAGCUCGCCGCCACGCUGUGGGAGAUGAACGAGAUUCCUUCACCCAGCGUCAAGGACGGCACGAGGUCCAAGAAGGAACUCAGAGCAAGGGAAAGAGUCGCUAGGUCCAUGCGUUCUGGUUCCUUGCCUCCACAUUUGUCCGAUCCAUCACAUAGUCCUGUAUCCGAGAGAAUGGAUCGAUCUGGAGCUGGUAGUCGCCAUAAAAGAACUCCGUCUAUCUCUCACAGGCCGAGGCUCACAGAACAUCAUGUUGGCCCUUUAGACUCUCUUAGCAAUGUCAGUCUCAUGGAGAUUGAAACCAGAUCUCGAGCACAGACCCCUGCUUCAUCUACUGUUGGAGUUAAAACACGUCUAAAAGAUGUUAGUAAUGCUUUAACGACAUCCAAAGAGCUACUUAAAAUUAUAAACCGCAUGUGGGGUCAUGAAGAUCGUCCUUCUUCGAGCAUGUCCCUUAUCUCAGCUUUGCAUGCUGAACUGGAGAGGGCUCGCCUACAGGUCAACCAGCUAAUCCAGGAACAGCGGUCGGAUCAGAGUGAGAUUAAUUACUUGAUGAAGUGUUUUGCUGAAGAAAAGGCUGCUUGGAAAAACAAGGAGCAAGAAAUUGUUGAGGCUGCAAUUGAAUCUGUUGCUGGAGAACUCGAUGUAGAGAGGAAGCUGAGGAGACGGUUUGAAAGCUUGAACAAGAAGCUUGGGAGAGAACUGGCCGAGACCAAAGCCUCCCUUCUUAAGGUGGUCAAAGAACUUGAAAGUGAGAAGAGAGCAAGAGAAAUUAUUGAACAGGUAUGUGAUGAGUUGGCAAGAGAUGUUGGUGAAGAUAAACCUGAGAUAGAGAAACAAAAGAGAGUGUCUACAAAAGUUUGUGAAGAGGUAGAGAAGGAAAAGGAAAUGAUGCAGUUAACUGAUAUGUUACGGGAGGAGAGAGCCCAAAAGAAGCUCUCCGAGGCAAAAUAUCAGUUUGAGGAAAAAAAUGCUGCUGUUGAUAAGCUCAGAAAUCAACUUGAAGCUUUUCUAGGAAGCAAACAAGUUAGGGAAAAAGGUAGAAGUUCCACUCACUUGAACGAUGAAGAAAUUGCUGCAUAUCUAGGUAGAAACCGAUUAGGUUCCCAUCACAUUGAAGAUAGAGACGAUGAUGGAGGAGAGGUUGACAAUGGAGUAGAAUGUGAGGAGGAAUCUGCUGAAAGUGAUCUGCAUUCUAUAGAGUUAAAUAUGGACAACAACAACAAGAGUUAUAAGUGGGCGUACCCUUCUGAAAAUAGAUUUGAUACGAGAAGGUAUCCAAUUGAGGAAGAGGUGAAAGGUAGGAAGUCUACCUCUGGGAGAGCUUCAAGGAGAAGCACAUCCCUGCAAAGAAGCAUAUCAGAUGGAAUAGAAUGGGGAGUCCAAUCUGAGAGGCUUCAAAAUUCAGGAGAUGGGAUAGAUUGGGAAAGUUUUUAUGAAAUGGAAAAGCAAGCCCAAGGAAAAGGUUAUGUGGAUGAAAUGCAAGGCUAUAAAUCAGUGAAAGGUCUAAGGGAUCAAAUAUUAGCUAGUUCUAAGCUUGGAUCUUCCAGAGGUUAUGCCAGUCCAACUAGACAGCCUUGGCCAUCACGAGAGAUUGCAAAUAACUUUCAAGAGAGACCCAUUUCAGUGCAGGGAAAUGGUCUAAAAUCAAGGUUAGGUGAAGGUAGGAGUGAGGGCCAGAAUGUAAGAAAGGCUAAAAGGUAAGAAAAUGCUCACAUCUUUUGACCCAAUGUUUUACUUGCUAAGUCUAUACCUAUUUAUAUUUGCUGGAAAGCAAAUAUCAUAGACCUGCUAGCCACUUGGUGUAGAAGCUGAAAGAAGCUUUUUCCCAUCUAAGAAUGGUUGUGUUUAUAGAGUUCAGAACAUAUGUUAUAAAGUGUAACCGGCGAGUUUUUGUGUUGUCCUGUAACAUAUGCUGAAGUUGAUUAAGAACAUUCUGUAUUUAAGGAGAUCACUUUCUCUCCCACAUGGUACUCAACUAGCGACGAAUCCGAAUUGGUUUGAUUUUCACAU